ACAUCUAUAAUUGUAAGAUUGGAACAAGUGACGGUGUGGCUUUCUUAUGAUUCCAGCAUUAACGGAGACAAAACACAGCGUUUGCAGCAACUCUCCCAUUGCAUGUAUGAGUUACCUUUGAGCUCAUCGCUGUGAGGGAGCUAAACACUGCUGGAAAUGUGCACACCAUGUCCUUCCUUACCACGCGGCACACCCACAUCUUGCAACCCGAAAGGAUCAGAAUGGGAGAGUUUUAGAUCUGGAGCAGUCGGGAACGGACAGACAAGCAAUGAAGAGGUUUUUCAGAGCCCAGAGGGACGAGGACUACAGUCAGAUCCAGUACCUGACCGCCAAAUGCACCCGCCUGGCUCAUGAAAGGGCAGUGCUGGAAAGAGAAUUUCUGGUGUCCAGAGAGAAGGAGAGGAAGCUGCAGAAUGAACUGGAAGCUGUGACCUCUCGUCUCCUGCAGCAAGAGCAGCUGAACCUGGAGCUCAGGAUAAACCAGGACAGGCUCAUCUGCAGGAUCCGUCAGCAGCAGAACUUGGUGGACGUCCUGCAGCAACGGAUGGAAUUGCUUGCAGAGGAGAGUCGUCGGGAUGUGGAGCUGCUGCAGCAGGUCAACUCAGAGUUGGUGUGUCUGCAAAGCUCCGAGGUGCAGCUGGAGGGCCUGGUGGAGGAGCUGCAUGCUGAGGCCCAGCGUCGAGCAGCUCUGACAGACAGACUGCAUGCAGAGUUGUGCAGUAAGCUGGUGCAGCUGAAAGAAAUGCAGGAAACCAACAACGGUCUGACAGAAGAGCUGAAGGAUCUCCGUAAAACUCAUCUGGAGGAGGUGAAGGAACUGCAGCAGGAGAAUAAAGGGAGCCUGAGUAAGUUGCAGGAGACGGCAGAGCAGUUCGAGUGGCUCUGUCAGCAACAGAAGUACUGGAUGCGUUGUGUGAAAAGAUUCAAAGACUAUCUGAUGGAUGAGAGACAAACUCUCCUGCAUCAGCUCAGCACUUUGGAGAAGAAAAUUGGGGAACAGAAGAAGAGCUCAGAUGAUGGCAGUCCAGCACAGAGUCUCCUGCGCCCUCUAGAGGAAGCAGAGAGACCUGGCAGUGUAACAUCAUUGGAUACAGACGCGGUGACAGAUCUGGAUUCCCAGGCGGGAAACUCGAACAUGAUGUAUGAGGAGCUCAUUACACAGGCGGGGAGUCCUAUCAGCAGAUACCAGGAACCUCCUUGAAGACUAAAGCCAUCCCAUCUUCUCCCAUUUUUCUCAACUCAGAGGUUUUAACUACUAGAUGUGUGUGGAUUGCCUUCCAGUCUUUGUUUUACAGAAACCAAACCUGCAUUGUUUUCCUUCCAGUAUUGUUCAUUAAAACCCAUUCAUUAA